ACGAACCUAUCAAUUUGUGCACUCUUGUCAGAAAGGAGAAAAGAGAGCGACCCAUCCCCAUCAUGAAAUUCUUGAGCCUUGUUGCCGUCGUGGCCCUCGCCGCCACCGUGUCUGCAGACUGCGAGACCUGCAAGGUGGGUGUCAACGCCAUCUUGGACUACUUGGGCUCAAACAGCGAGGUCACUGAGGAGGCUGCCAUCGUCAAGGAUGCCUGCUGCCCUGCUCUGGAUGACCCCGAGGGCUGCGGCACUGGUGUGGACACCUGGUGGCCCGCCAUCGUGAAUGCCCUCCAAGCUAGCGACAACAUUGCCGAUAUUGCUUGUGCCGCUUUGGACCCCAGCUGCAUCGCCACCAAGGCCUGGGAUUGCGACACCUGCAAGGCUCGAUUGGACGACCUUUUGAAUGUUGCUACCGGAGAUGCUCAGACCGCCGCUCUCUUGGCCUACUUGAAGGGCCCCGCUUUCUGUGAAGAUGCCUCGGUCAGCCCCGACGCUGCUGUGUGCGGAGACUUUGUGGAUGCUUUGGCUCCUUGCGCCAUCGACUCACUUGUGGCUGUGGUUCAAGCUGAACCCGAUCGAUUCUGCAAUGAGAUNGGGAGCACUUUGUUAGUCAAGACCUCCAAGAAAUCAGCGGCCGUCAGCCUGUAUCCUGAUGGGAGCCAAAUAGGAAGCAUCUUGUCCCCAAUGGAGGCCACGAGCGCCCAUCAUUAUAUCACUGGCUGGAUCCUUGGUGUUGGUGACGUAGCGGUGAUUGUAGCCCUCCUUGUCGAAGCAAACCACGUGGUUGUUCUUACAGCCUCAUUUAAGUCUUUUUAA